CUAAACAUUGCGAUCGGUGUAUGUUAGUAUCCAGGGCGUCAUCAAGUGGUUCGCACGCCAUUAGACAAACAGGAUAUAUUAACAGCUAAGCCAGGAUAUCGUUUUUGUUACGAUGAGACUGUUUAUACUAUGUCUUCUAGUCGCUACAGGCGCAACAUUUACACUCUUUGGUCCGCAUAUUCGCAUUGUACCCAGUCAAAAGCGCAAUGAAAUAAUAUUGCACUUUCGUAAUCCUUGCAACAACAAGACGAGCCAUACUACUCUUAGACCACCACCAACUCAGUGCAAGCAUUAUCCAACAAAACAAAACUGUGAACAAAAUUCUUCACAUCAACAAAAAACUACAACUCCAUAUAACUGGCCUCAAGAAACAAAGCUGACAAUAACAUCGACCCAAACACCUGUGUAUCGCACAACUUUCGGUAAGACAGCCAAGCCAAGUACUCAGAAGUCGACAACGUUCAAUCCAACUGUAGCUAGUACUACGUCAAUUAAACCAAGUUCUGAAAAGCCAACAACGCUGAAGCCAAGUGAGCCAAGUAAAACAACAACAAAGCUAAACACCCAAAAGCUUUCAACGCUUAAGCCAACUGAACCUAGUACUUCAACAACUUUGCCAAGAUCUACAAAGCAUUCCUCGCUGAAGCCAACUCAAACAAAUAGAACAACAAAUAAGCCAAGCACCCAAAAGUCGACAACGUUCAAACAAACUGUAGCAAGUAUUGCAACAAAUGAACCAAGUUCUCAAAAGCCAACAACGCUGAAGCCAACUGAGCCAAGUAAAACAACAACAAAGCCAAGCACCCAAAAGCCUUCAACGAAAAAGCCAACUGAUUCAAGUUCCACAACAAUUAAGUCAAGUACUCCGAAUUUAACCACUUUGAAGCCGACUAAUAGAAGUUCUCAAAAGCCAUCAACACUAAAGCCAAUUGGGCCAAGUAAAACAACAGCUAAGCUAAGCACCCAAAAGCUUUCAACGAUGAAGCCAACUGAGCCAAGUACUUCAAUAAUAAAGCAAAGUUCUACGAAGCAUUCCUCGCUGAAGCCAACUCAAACAAAUAGAACAACAAAUAAGCCAAGCACCCAAAAGUCGACAACGUUCAAGCAAACUGUAGCAAGUAUUGCAACAAAUGAACCAAGUUCUCAAAAGCCAACAACGCUGAAGCCAACUGAGCCAAGUAAAACAACAACAAAGCCAAGCACCCAAAAGCCUUCAACGAAAAAGCCAACUGAUUCAAGUUCCACAACAAUUAAGUCAAGUACUCCGAAUUUAACCACCUUGAAGCCGACUCAAAGAAGUUCUCAAAAGCCAUCAACACUGAAGCCAAUUGGGCCAAGUAAAACAACAGCUAAGCUAAGCACCCAAAAGCUUUCAACGAUGAAGCCGACUGAGCCAAGUACUUCAAUAAUUGAGCAAAGUUCUACGAAGCAUUCCACGCUGAAGCCAACUCAAACAAAUAUAACAACAAAUAAGCCAAGCACCCAAAAGUCGACAUCGUUCAAACCAACUGUAGCAAGUGUAACAACAAAUGAACCAAGUUCUCAAAAGUCAACAACGCUAAAGGCAAGUGAGCCAAGUAAAACAACAAAAAAGACAAGCACCCAAAAGCCUUCAACCAUAAAGCCAACUGAUUCAAGUUCUACAACAACUAAGUCAAGUACUCUGAAGUCAACCACCUUGAAGCCGACUCAAAGAAGUUCUCAAAAGCCAUCAACACUGAAGCCAAUUGGGUCAAGUAAAACAACAAUUAAGCUAAGCACCCAAAAGCUUUCAACGAUGAAGCCAACUAAACCAAGUACAUCAACAAUUAAGUCAAGUUCUACGAAGCAUUCCACGCUGAAACCAACUCAAACAAAUAGAACAACAACUAAGCCCAUCACCCAAAAGUCGACAUCGUUCAAACCAACUGUAGCAAGUUUUACAACAAAUAAACCAAGUUCUCAAAAGGCAACAACGCUGAAGGCAACUGAGCCAAGUAAAACAACAAAAAAGACAAGCACCCAAAAGCCUACAACCAUAAAGCCAACUGAUUCAAGUUCUACUACAACAAAGUCAAGUACUCCGAAGUCAAUAACUCUGAACCCAACUCAAACAAGCAAACCAACAAAUAAGCCUUCAACGAAAAAGCCAACUGAUUCAAAUUCCACAACAAUUAAGUCAAGUACUCCAAAUUCAACCACCUUGAAGCCGACUAAUAGAAGUUCUCAAAAGCCAUCAACACUGAAGACAAUUGGGCCAAGUAAAACAACAGCUAAGCUAAGCACCCAAAAGCUUUCAACGAUGAAGCCGACUGAGCCAAGUACUUCAAUAAUUGAGCAAAGUUCUACGAAGCAUUCCACGCUGAAGCCAACUCAAACAAAUAUAACAACAAAUAAGCCAAGCACCCAAAAGUCGACAUCGUUCAAACCAACUGUAGCAAGUGUAACAACAAAUGAACCAAGUUCUCAAAAGUCAACAACGCUAAAGGCAAGUGAGCCAAGUAAAACAACAAAAAAGACAAGCACCCAAAAGCCUUCAACCAUAAAGCCAACUGAUUCAAGUUCUACAACAACUAAGUCAAGUACUCUGAAGUCAACCACCUUGAAGCCGACUCAAAGAAGUUCUCAAAAGCCAUCAACACUGAAGCCAAUUGGGUCAAGUAAAACAACAAUUAAGCUAAGCACCCAAAAGCUUUCAACGAUGAAGCCAACUAAACCAAGUACAUCAACAAUUAAGUCAAGUUCUACGAAGCAUUCCACGCUGAAACCAACUCAAACAAAUAGAACAACAACUAAGCCCAUCACCCAAAAGUCGACAUCGUUCAAACCAACUGUAGCAAGUUUUACAACAAAUAAACCAAGUUCUCAAAAGGCAACAACGCUGAAGGCAACUGAGCCAAGUAAAACAACAAAAAAGACAAGCACCCAAAAGCCUACAACCAUAAAGCCAACUGAUUCAAGUUCUACUACAACAAAGUCAAGUACUCCGAAGUCAAUAACUCUGAACCCAACUCAAACAAGCAAACCAACAAAUAAGCCUUCAACGAAAAAGCCAACUGAUUCAAAUUCCACAACAAUUAAGUCAAACAAUUGGGCCAAGUAA